CCAAGAUUGAACAAAUUUUGUGAAAAGAAAACAAGAGUUUUAUUUAGUUAAAAACAUUUCUUAUAAAAGUUGGGUAACAGUUUGAUUUUUGCAUUAUGAGUCUCUUCGGCUCCAGCGGUGGAUUUGGCACCAAUACUGGUGUCUUUGGCACCACCACAGGGACAACUAAUCCCAUGAAAGAUUUUGAAGUUGUAUCUCCUCCAGAUGAUUCUAUUAGUAGUUUAGCUUUUAGUCCUGCAUCUUUGCAACAGAAUUUUCUCAUUGGUGGUAGCUGGGAUAACCAAGUAAGGUGCUGGGAAGUACAAAGUACUGGUCAAACAAUACCCAAAGCCCAGCAAACUCACCAGGGAUCAAUAUUAGAUGUAGCUUGGAGUGAUGAUGGCUCUAAAGUUUUUUCAGCAUCGUGUGAUAAAACGGUGAAGAUGUGGGAUUUAAAUAGUAACCAAGCCAUUCCAGUUGCACAGCAUGAUGCCCCUGUGAAAACAGUGCAUUGGAUAAAAGCUCCGAAUUAUUCCUGCGUCAUGACAGGAAGUUGGGACAAGACAUUAAAAUUUUGGGACACCAGGACUCCCAAUCCUAUGCUAGUCAUAAAUUUACCUGAGCGGUGUUACUGUGCUGAUGUGGUGUACCCAAUGGCAGUUGUUGGAACAGCUGGAAGAGGUAUUAUUGUUUAUCAACUAGAAGGCCAGCCUCAAGAAUUCAAGAAAAUUGAAUCACCUCUCAAGUAUCAGCAUCGCACAGUCUCGAUAUUUUUGGAUAAAAAAGCUUCUCCGUGUGGAUUUGCUUUAGGAAGUGUAGAAGGCAGAGUUGCCAUUCAAUAUGUCAAUCCUCAAAACCCAAAAGACAACUUUACUUUUAAAUGCCAUCGAUCCAACGGCACUUCAAACGGCUAUCAAGACAUUUAUGCGGUCAAUGACAUAGCAUUCCACCCCGUCCAUGGUACACUGGCCACUGUCGGCUCUGACGGCAGAUUCAGCUUCUGGGACAAAGAUGCGAGGACUAAACUGAAGACGUCGGAGCAAAUGGAGCAAUCCAUCACUAAAUGUUGUUUCAAUGCACGUGGGGAAAUAUUUGCUUAUGCUGUUAGUUAUGACUGGUCCAAGGGCCAUGAAUUUUAUAAUGCACAAAAGAAAAACUAUAUUUACUUGCAUCCAUGCUUUGAAGAACUGAAACCUAGAAAUAAAAAUUGAAACAGUUGACGGACUUCUCAGCAGAUAUCUACUAGUGGAAGCACUGACAAUGAAAAUGUUUACUAUGUGCUCAUUAGUGCCAGUGUAUAAAGAACUACUCAUGAUCAUUUAUUUGUGUUGUAAUAAAACAAAAUGC